CCAAGGACGACGAAGAUGAUAACGUGCCACUAGGGAGGGACAUUGUUUAGUAUACCUGCGGUCUCGAGGAACUCGGCAAGGAGGUCGAAACCUCCAUGGCGCAUUUCCUCAGCAGCCACGCGAUUUAUGAACCCUGUAAGUCUUACGGGCUUGCUUGUUAUCCCCCUACAGAUACUACUUGGCUCUUAAGCAUUACAAAACGACCGCUGACCUGCUCUCUCUAUUAUAGCCUGGAUUCUGAACUGCAUACUUCAACACCCAAUUCGAUCGACUCGCGCACUCGCGGGAAUUUUGCUAAAUGGUCGCCUGCACCAACGCAUCCGUGCCCAGAUCAAUCGUUGCCGUUGCCUCGACCAGAACACCAGGAUUAACAGGCUGCUUUUUCGGAGAAGCGCUUGUGCAAGUCAAAUUAGUUGCCUUUGUCUCACCGAGAAAUUAUCAUCUCCCACUGACACAAUCGCAUCAAGUCCUAUUUCUAUGGCCGAAGCAUAGUCCUUGAGAUACGAGUCCUCGAGUGCCUGCCACAGCUUCAAGUCUGGCCUUGCGCUCAAGGGAUCUGAAUUGACCGAAUGGUGCCAGCAAACAAGACUGGGUCCUGAGGGACAAUCGAGAGCCGAGAUCAGACAUCGCACAAUCCCAAAGACGACGGCUACGAUGGUACGAAAGAGUGACAGGGCUAAGCGCCAAUCUUCUCGUGAUCCUAGAAACCUUUCCGCUCCACAAGACGACUCCGCAUAGUAUGAUUCAGGACCCGAAGGUCUAUUCGUAUUCAGCUAAAAAUCAGAAAAGGCGGUAAUCGUCGUGUUCUAGCACGGAUUCUGACUUAGAGGCGUUCAGCCAUAAUCCAAUGGAUGAUAGCUUCG